UUCACUGGAGGUUCUUUAAAUUAAUUUUUAACUGAUUUGGUGAUGCAAAGCUAACAAAGAAUUGUAGUUUAAUUAAUAAUAUAUCGAAAAUAGAAAGAAAACUCCAUUAAAGUUAUUAUUUGGCUAUUCAAUAAUAAUUUGACUUUGUCUCACUCAGAAAAAAAAACAAGAACUUUGGUUAUGGAAGUUUUCAAAAUAAAAAUAGGCCAUUAAGAACCUGAAUAUUAGAUAUAAUUAAUGUGUGAUUAAAUGAAUGAAUAUUUUCAUUUAUUUGAUAAGAAGUGCAAAUUAGUAAAGUGAGUUUUAGAAAAUAAUAAAUAGAAAGAAAAAAUAUGUGGAACGAAUAAAAGAACAGUUCAGAUAUCAUAAAGGAUAAGAAAUUUCUUCAACAUAAUCUUAAAAUAAAAUUCUGUGUACGAAAACAACAAAAAGGAAAAAAUCUUGUGUGGGUGUCGUUCUCAUUCUCAUUUGGGAGCCCAAAACCUAAAAAUCCUUUCAAGAAUGGAUGUGCCAUCUUUCCAAACUAAUCGACAUUUCAAAUUAGUUUUAAUUGCCAUUUUGAUCUUCGUAGCAAUAAAUAUUAGUGAAGUUAAUGCUGACAAUGAGCAGCAUCUCUUCUAUAAGGAAUAUGAACGACUUCAAAAGCAAGUAAAGCCUGUAAAUUAUAAUUGGCAAGAUCAGAUAUCUACCAAUCAACAAAAAUCCCAUCGUCGCACACCAAAUUACCAACAUCCUCAAUUUAAUGCAAACUUUCCAAGUCGAAGCUCUUAUGGAGUUCAGCAACAACAACAACGACAAGAACAACAUCAUCAUGAUUCUCAAGCCAGAAUUUUGAAAGUUGGAAACACAAAAUAUUCCGUUUGGUCUCAAAAUCUCACUUUCAUGAGUUCCACGGGGUAUAAUGCACUUGGCAUGGGCCAACUUUAUAACUUAACGAAUAAAGUCGUCGAAUUUUUUGUUGAUGCCGAUGAACCAAUUCCGCCGGGAUAUUUUGUUGUCAGCGACAUGAAAGUAGAUUGGGGACAGAACGUUAAAAAGCAUCAGUAUUACGACCUUAUGAGGAAAUAUUGGCUGAUAAUCAUCGUAAUUGUAAUAACAGUUAUUGCAGUUUUGUUAAUGCCAUUAAUCGGACUUUGUUUCUGCUGCUGUCGUUGUGCUGGAGCUUGUGGUGGACGAUCUCAACCUUUUGAUAAGAAACAUGACACAUGCCGGAGAUUUCUACUUGGUUUCUGUCUUUUAAUUGUUGCAUCAUCGAUGGUAUUUGGUGUAAUUGUGGCUUAUGUCACUAAUGUAACAUUGCAACACGGUGUUGAGAAUGCCACGUCAUCAGCUCGUUUUGCGGUUGAAGAUACGCGAACAUAUUUGAAAUCAACAUCGUAUCAUAUUCGUCAUCUUCUCGUUAAUAACUAUGGCGAGCUCAAGGAGCAUUUGUUCCACACAUUAGACAAAACAUCCGAUACUGUUUUGACUCAAUUAGACAGAGCAUCGAAUACAAUUUCACUCGAUCAAUUGCACAAUAUUGUUGAGGGACUGCCGGAAAUUCAACGAGAUUUAACUGAUAUGGAUGAGAUUACUCGUGAUAUGCAACAAAAAGCAUCACAAUUAAAUGAUGGACUUCGUGGGGUUAAAAGAGAAUUAUUGAUCGCUUUACAGCAAUGUCGGAGUAAUGAGUGUAAACAAGUUCAAAAAGAUUACGAGAUUGGUCGCCUUGAUGAAAAUAACAUUCAUUAUGAUGCGCUUCCGGAUCAAAAAGAAAUCAUCAAAGAUAUAAGAAGAUUGCUUGAUGGAAGUCUUCAAGAAACAGUGAACUCCAGUGAACAGAAAGUGAAAGAGAUUAAGAAUGAAAUUGGAAACAUCAUUAAAUCCAAUGUACCGGAAGUUAAAAUGUCGAUCAAUAAAGUUGGUCAAGCACUGCUCAAUAUUAGUAACACGUUAACAAAACAAAUAGAAAGUUUUUCGGAUGUUGCUGGAAAUCAUACAUUCCCACAUUUAAAUACUGCCGAUGACUACAUAGCAUCUUAUAGCAUUCAUCGUUAUUACGGAGGUCUCAUUAUAAGUUCCGUUCUUUUGAUUGUUCUUAUGUUCAUUACCUUUGGAUUAUUAUGUGGCAUAUGUGGAAAGCGACCAGAUGGAUAUGGAGACGAUUGCUGUACGAAAGGUGCUGGUGCGAGAUUCUUAAUGUGCGGUGUUGCUAUAAUCUUUUUGACAAUCUCAGCACUUCUUGUCAUAUGUUUGGCAUGUUUUCUUGUUGGAAUUGUCAUGAAACGUGGAGUUUGUGAUCCAUUAAACAAUCCUGAAGGAGAUCAAGUUUUUUCUUAUCUCGACAAUUUCAUUGAUUUGAACAAGUUCAUCUUCCCAGAAAAUCAGCGAAUUGCAAUACGUCAAGGAAAUGGUGAAGAGUUGAAACCUUUAAGAAUAUCGCAAGUUGUUGGAGCUUGUCAUCGUAAUGAAUCGAUCUUCGAAGUGUUGCGUUUGGACGAUCUACUUGACAUCGAUCAAAUACGAGAUUUUCCUGAACAAUUCGGUAUCAAUGAAAAGCUCAAUGAACUUGCUGAUAACGUUCAAAUAACAUCACAAGUGAGAAUAUUGAACGAUCAAGCAAGAAAAGAAAUUCGAGAACUUUCCAAAUCAGAAUUGAAUAAUUUUGAAGCUUACAAAUAUGUCGACAAUUUGGCUGAAAAUAUCACACAUUACAACUUAAAUUCACUUGCUGAUCGCUUGAAGGCAGCAGCUGAUCGGAUCUCAAGCAGUUCAAAUGAAAUUAAAACUAAAUUGGAAGUUCAACAGCUUCAUUUGCGAACAUACCAAAAGAAUCUUGUUGAGCCAUUAAUUUCUGGCACAAAUCGUCUGCUGAUUCUUUCGAAGAAACUCAAUGAGAAAUUGUUGUUCAAACAGGUGUCCUUUGAAAAAGCAAUAAAUAUGCUAAUCAAAGAAAUUGAUGAUGCCGAACGGUUCCUAAACGAAGAAGGAACUUCUUAUGUACAACAAGUUGCUCAUGAGCUCCUCGAUAGUUUUAGUAGAGACAUCAAAGGAUACUUGGAUUUAGUUAUAAACGCUACAAAGAGUGAUGUUGGCCGAUGUGAUCCAAUCUCGAAUGUCUACGAUUCGAUUGUUGUUGCCGCUUGUAAUCGUGUUGUUGAUCCAUUCAAUGGUUUCUGGGCUGGUGUUGUUUUCUGUGUUCUUCUCUUCUUCCCUACAAUUGUUCUGAGCGCCAAAUUAUCAACACUUUACCAAAAAUCGGAUCCAUAUCCAGGACCAUUGGUCGAAGCUGUGCCAAAGAAUAAACGUCGCAGAAAAACUGAUCGACGACACGAUGGUCGUGAUCGCCGUGGUGAAUUUUAUGAAGAAGCCAGUCCCGCCAAUGCUGCUGCUUCGUCAAGUCAUCCCAUUCGUGAUGCUCGUUACGUUGACAUGGCACCAAAAAAUUGGGACGGUGCACCACCAAGAUAUCAGCAAAGCUCAUUUGCUGGUCAUCCCUCAGCAUCGGAAUAUGAACGCCCACCACCAUACAAUUUUACCGGCCCCUACCCGGUUGCUCCCAGUGAAACCGAUUAAAAUACUCAAAAACUAAAUAAAAGAAGAAAUCUCCAAGGAAAUUAAUUAAAAUUAAAAGAAGUUAAAUUUAACACAUUGAGAUAAGAAGAAAGAAAAAAAUGCGGGAAGCAAAACAUGACGCGAUAUAAGAAAACGCAUUAAAAAUGUAUUUUAUAUAGUAAGAAAAGCGAAAUAUUUUUCUAAGGAAGUGAUUAACCAUUUAUUGCUGCGAAUCUUUCUUUUUACAUAUUUUUCCUAAGAAAACGCUUCGUUUCUUUUCACUUCUGUUUCUGUCAUUCAUCACAUCGCUUGUAAUAAUAAAACUUUCGUCUAAAUGUAAUUGAAAAAUUGCUUCAUUUGUUUUCAUUUUCUUUUAAUGAUUAUGAAACAUAAAAUUAAUAUUUGAAAGAAAUCUUAAGCAAUUUCUUACUUUACCGACACACUCGAUAAAGAUGCGCAAAGCUUUUAUAAGAAAAUUGUGUUUAAUUUCUUUUAACUAUAAAUAAACUUCAAUUUCUUCUUUAGGUUUUUAAGAGAAUCGUACACCAAUAGAAAUUUCUUUCAUAAAUAUAUCAACAAAUGAAAACGUUGAUUAAUGUCAUUACAUUUUGCAUAAAUAUUUAUCAUGAAAAAUGAACACUUUCAAAGUGAGAAAUAAAUAAAAAAGUGCAUCGCAGAAUUUCUACAUUUUAAUAAUGUAUUCAAGUUUUAAUGUUCUUAAAAAUAUUCUCAAUUUUUGAAGCAACUGAGUUCGACUUUAAAUAGGAAACUUUAUCUUAUCAUAUUGCGAUAAUAGUUGCUGAUUCUGCUAACAUUUUAAUUAACAAUUUUUAAUUUCCUUCUCAAUGUGAAUGUUUAUAGAAUCAGUUGGUUGAAUUGUCUUACUUUUAUUCUCAAACUUAUGAUAAGGUUUCCAUAUUUCUUUGCUUUUAAUUCAUGUCGACUAGUCACGCAUUCGUUUUACAAAACUUUAUACUUCCAUUUACAAACAUUAUCAAAGAAUAAUAAUUUAAAGCUCAAAAGGAAAAAUUCACUGCCUUCUCCAUCAAAUGCAAUCAGAUUUUUUUAGAAAAUUUAUUAAGUUGUAAUCCUACGUAGCUUAAAAGCCA